AUGGGGGAAAUUCACCCCAAAAGUGUUUUACGCUGCAUGGCGCGGCGCUGGGGCCGGGCCUUGGUGAAGGCGGAGGGGGCUGUAGACCUCACAGGUUCGCCCGCGCGUGUCGACAAGCUGGCGGUGGAUCCCCGGGAGGUGGAGGAUGACUGGCUGGCGCCGCAGAAAGCUGAGGAGAUCACGGAGGUGCCCAUUCAGCCGGCAGUUUCCCUGGGCUUCCACGCCAAGCUGUGCGCCGGCCUGCGCCGCUCGGCCGCGCCGGCCACCAUGCCGGGGCCGGCCACAAAGGCGCCAGGCCGAAACGCGGAAAGGGAGCCGCCGGUGCUCGUGUGGCUGAGACCUUUCGACCUCCGCCUGCACGACCAGCCGGCCUUGUGGCACGCAGCGCAGAGCCGCAGAGCGGUGCAGCUGGUGUUCCCCUGGUCAGAUUCGGAUGACGAGAAGGAGGGCGACUGGCGACUCGCGGGCUCGGCGGCAGCCUUCUUUCUGCAUCACGCCAUUGCCUCCCUGGACGUUGCCGUCCGGCAAAAGUUCGGCAACUGCAUUGUGGUGCGCAAGGGUCCGAGCAUUGCAGAGGCCCUGGCGGCGGCGGCUGAGGAGAGUGGCGCCACGGAGGUGCUGAGCAGCGGCGGGUGCCAGCCGGGGCUGGGGCCCUCGGGCAGCGGCCUGGACGACUUGGUGCGCCGGCGCUUGGAGGAGCAGAACGUGAAGCUCAGGCUUUUCAACUCCUUCUUCCUCUACGACUUGGAGAAGAUUCGCAUCGACCUGGGCACUUACCGAGGUCACUUCGGCACACUGACGCCCUUCCACCACGCCUGCAUGCAGCAGCAGGUGCCGAGGCCGUUGCCAGAGCCCCCCGCCCUGCCUGGUGCACCCACUUCGCUCAAAAACCACGGCCUGGCGGUUCUGGGUUUCAGUGAGAUGCCUGUGAGGAAGGAUGACACAGUGCUGAAGAACUGGGGUGCCCCCAUCCUGGAGAAUUGGGACAUCUCCGAGGCUGCUGCUCUGCGGACCCUCAGGCGCUUCCUGGGGCCGUCGGGCGGCCUGCGGCGCUACGAGCAGCAGCGGCACCUGGCGGACGCCUCCGCACUCACGCGGAUCUCCCCCUACCUGCGUUUUGGCAUGCUCAGCUGCCGCCUCAUGUUCUUCGAGAUGAAGGCGGCGGGCGCAAAGGAGCAGUCCAUCGUCUACUGGCGACGCCUGGUGUGGCGGGACUUGGCGUAUUGGCAGCUCCGCAUCUUCCCCGAGAUGCGCGAGCGACCUAUCCGCGCCCACUACCAGGGCCAGGCGUGGAACCGGGACGCGGAGGCGCUGAAGCGGUGGCAGCAGGGCAGAACCGGGUACCCGCUGAUCGACGCGGGCAUGCGGGAGCUGUGGGUUUCAGGGUGGAUGGCCCAAAACGUGCGGAUGGCCGCAGCCAUCUUCCUUUGCGAGCAUCUGAACAUCCACUGGGUCGAAGGCGAGAAGUGGUUCCACCACACCUUGGUGGACGCCGACCAGGCCAUCAACCCCAUGAUGUGGCAAAACGCCGGGAAGAGCGGCUUGGACCAGUGGAAUUUCACCAUGCACCCGGCAGCGGCAGGGAAGACUCAAGAUCCCAAGGGCGACUACAUCCGUCGAUGGUGCCCGGAGCUUGCCAAGCUGCCGACGCAGUAUGUCCAUGCCCCUUGGGAUGCACCCGAGCAGGUGCUGCGGGAGGCCGGCCUCACGCUGGGUGAGACCUACCCGCACCGCCUGGUGGUGGACGUGGCCGGUGCGGCCAAACGAAGCUGCGAGCUGAUCCGCGAGCAGCGGAAGCGUAGCUGGGACUGGAUCAACGACCAGGGCUACGACCUCGUCGUCAUCCCUCGCGGCGCCUCCGUGGCGCACGACGGCCAGAAGUUCCGCGUCUUCACCAAGCCGCAGUACCGGAACUCGGAGCCGGGACCGGGCGCGCCGAGGCUGGCAGUGAAGGCCAGCGAGGCAAAGGCCGCGGCAAAGGCGGCCAUGGAGGACUGCCACGAAAAGCAGCUCACAUUCUGUCCACAAAUAGUGGAGGUCAUUGCUUUUGAAGACAUCUUCGAAGAGUUUCGGCUCUUCCCCGAGCAGCUGCGCCUCAAAGCAAAGUGCCACUUUUUGCGCGGCGCCCGCGCUUUAGAGCGCCGGGCGAUGAGCACCGAGGAGCCAUGGGAUUUGGUGCGCCUCGCGCUCGGCUCUUUGGCCGGGGAGUCCUGGCGCGUGAAGCAGGCCUUCCGGGAGAUCUCCCAGGCCUGGCGCCUGCGGACGGUGAGUGGCAGCUGGUGGCAGGAGUAUCAGAAAACGCAGACCUUCGACCAGUUCAAGUGCGCAAUGCCGUUCAGACCAAACACCGCCUCCACCAUUCAUGUCGUCAUUAUUGGGGACGACGAGCAGCUCAACCGGCACAUCAACUUGGAACAGGUGCUGAAGCACCUGGAGGUCUUUAUCGGCUUCAAGGUACAGAUUCGAGGCGACAGCGAGCGCCCCAUGCCUCGCAUGCGCCUCAGCGCUGCGGGGCAGCGCACCGCAGUGGACGGGGUGCCGCAGAUCGGGGGGCACUACGUGCUGGCCUUCCUGCAAGGUGCUUUGGACCCAAGAGCGGCCUGCACGCUUGCAGUGACUCCGGCGGACCUCUACCCGCCAGAGAACUACGACUAUGUCACGGGUAUGACUGAUCCCGGAGAUCGUUUGGGCCUCUUCUCCAGUGCCAGAUACUUUGCGACGCAUCGUGAGGAGACGCAACGUGCAAGCGUAUUUUCAGAGGCGGACUCCCUACGAGCAUCAGAGAGUGCGCUCCAUGGUCCUGGCCCGGGACAUUCGGUGCGGAACCGGCGGAUAGAGCUCUCCAAGAUCUUCGCGAAGCUGCUGUGCCGUGAGACCUUGAAGCUGUGUGGGGCCAAAGAGUGCCGUUUGCUGCAUUGCCUCAUGAACCCGAUGCCGGAGAUAGAUGGCCAAGUCGUGCCAGAGGGCAUCUCGCUGCUGCCUUUCUCCCUGUGCUGCAUCUGCCUGCGGAAGCUCCAGUGGCUCACGCAGGCAGACCUCCUGGACCGCUAUGCGCGAAUUCCAGCCGUCACCAAUGCAUGGUUCUGGGAGGAGACCCAGUGGCUGUGGACGCGCAUGGUGCAGGUGGGAAUGCCCACAUCAGUGUGCCAGAGCAUCCCGCAGCCCACAGGCUCCAAGUUCAAGUUCGGCCUGGCCAAGCGUAAGAAUGACGACGAUGAAGGAUGAGUUGCAGGCAAAAGAAGGCAGAGCAAGAAGCUGCAGAUGACCCAGUUCUGGGCCCAACGCUUCCAGUGAAGACGGCAUGUUCGGAUAUGGAUGCCUGAGCUGCCAAAGGUGCAGCCAUGGUGGAGUUCGACUCAGGGUUCGCCUGGUCCACUGGUGCCCCGGGA